AUGGCCGACGACGGGUCCCACCUCGCGACAUCGCAGUCGCUAGCUUCCUCGACCUUGUCCUCUUCGACUUCCUCCCUCUCGACCUCGAAGCUCUGCUCUCAGACAUACAAGACCGCCUCGCAGCUGUUCCUUACCCGCCGUCUCCAAGAAUCCUUGGCUGCUUUGACCCCGAUCAUCACCGUUCCCGCGACACAGGAUGACGAACGAUACACGAAUGGCGAUGACGUCGCCUCAGCGGUUGCGCCAAUUGCGACCGCUUCCAGUACCAUGAGAAUCAAGGUCUGGAACUUGUAUAUUACCUUGCUCAGCAAUAUCGUCGACUUGGGCCCAGAAGAGGGCAAGCAAGCUUUUGGCCAGAAGGAGUGGAAGGCACUGGUGAACAAAGUCCGAGACGGCGAAAUAUGGGAAGAGAUCGUCCGGAUUGGGUACCGAGGACUCGAAGGCUCAGUAGACGCAGAUGUUGUGUAUAACCUAGCCACUUUACUAUUGAACCACUCCCCGUCGCAGAAGCUCAACCAACAACGGCUAGAGACGUAUCUCUCGGCUUCUGGUCAACCAGAUCUGGAUAUCGCCGCCCAUUUGCAGGACUCUCCGUCAGACUCACGGAGUCACCUGCCUCGUAAUGGAGGAACAGAUACCCCGAAGGAUCUUACGGCGCGAGUCAAGAUCAUUGAACUUUUCACACUCCAUGUGUUACCAAGAAACGAGGAGUGGGAUUAUGCGAGGGAAUUCAUCCGAUUCAGUGAAGUCCUCGAUGAGGAACGGAAGGAUGUUUUUCUCCAGACCUUGGAGGGGCUCAAGGAGGAGAAGGAAAAGGGCAACCAGCGGGCUGCUGAACUGCAGCGUGAAAAGGAAGCGGAGCUCGAGCGUCAAAUGCGGGAGGAGGAGCAGCGAAGAGCAGAGGCCGCCGCCGCUGCUGAGCGGCUGCAGCAGAACGGACACAAGCGAACCAGCAGUGAGGUGGACUAUGGGAUCGAAAAGAAUCAUCCAAACGGGGUGACCAAGAGCCGAUCGUCGAAACAGGCCGACAAGCAGAGCACCACUGCCGGGAAGUCCAUCCCUCCAUCGGGACGGACGACAUUCUCACCAUCCCCACCACCCGGCUCAUCGAAAAAUGUCAAAAAGACGACAGGGAAGCCAGCAGCGCCUGUGACACGCCAGGUGCGUGCCUUGCUGAGUGCGCUGCAGAAUCUCCUCCGGAACCUGGGCCAGAGUGUAGCAGGGAAUCCCAUGGCGUUCCUGCGCACGCUCCUCUUCAUGCUAGGGAUCAUCAUGGCCUUCAGCAGACAGGAUGUGCGCGAACGGAUACGAAAACUGACCAACACGAGCUGGCAGAAGGUCCGGGGGACGAUCGGGAUGGGAAUGAAAGUUAGCUACAUCUGA